AUGUGGUACAAGAAAAUACCAGCUAAGACCGUGGUAUGGGUUGCCAACAGAGAAAUUCCACUGACAAAUAAAUCUGGAGUCUUGAAGGUUAUCGAACCAGGACUUCUAGUUCUUCUAAACGACACUAAUGGUAGGAAGCUCGGUUGGAACUUUAUAACUGGUUUAGAGGUCUAUCCAUCAUCGUGGAAGAGCAACAAGGAUCCAAUUUCAGGAGAUUUUACGUAUCACUGUGAUCCUACUGGUUAUCCACAAACAGGUUCAGUUGAGCUAUAUAGAACUGGACCUUGGAAUGGUCUCCGUUUUAGUGGGAUACCAAACUUGACCGUCCACCUUCACUGCCCGGUUUUGUCUAGUGUUUGCAAUAUUGGAAAUUCUCCUGUUUGUGGAUGUUUAAAUAGAUUUCUCCCAAAAGAUCCUGAAACUUGGAAGAAUGGAGAUUGGUCGAACAGUGAAAGAAUGUUAGUCGAAGAUUGCAAGGUAGAGUGCUUAAACAAUUGCAAUUGUACUGCUUAUACUUACUUAGACAUAAGUAGAGGUGGAAGUGGAUGCUUACUUUGGUUUGGAGACUUAUUUGACAUGAAAGAGCUAUUAGGAACAGGACAAUAUAUCUACAUUAGAAUGGCUUAUUCUAGACUAGCUAGGUCUGAGUAUGAUUCUGUAAAGAAGAGUAACCAAAGGCUAAAAGGAGGUGGCCUUGGACACAACUUUGCAGACAAUCACAAUGAUGAAAGUCACAAUAAAGACAUAGAGCUACCACUAUCUGACUUACAUACAAUAACUAAAGCUACUGAUAAUUUGUAG